AUGGGCGUAAUAAGAAAGAAGACCGCCUCACGCGGCACGGAAGCCGGCACCAAGUACCACUGCGACAUCUGUUCGGUAGAUGUGACUUCGACGGUGAUUGAGCAAAAUUCAGUCCCAAUUUUUCAGGAAGACUGGGGAGCGGAUGAGGAGCUUUUGCUGCUAGAAGGCGCGGAUAUCUAUGGGUUGGGGUCAUGGGCAGACAUCGCGGAUCAUAUCGGUGGUUACCGCACCAAGGAGGAAGUCCGAGACCACUAUAUCAGCACAUAUCUAGACAGUUCGAAUUUCCCAUUACCAGAACGCGCCGAUCCGGAUGACACGCGAUUGUCCGACUCGAUCUCCAAGGAAGAGUUCCAAUCCCGCAAGAAACGUCGCAUCGAGGAGCGCAAGGAGGCGGCCAAGGCGGCCCCUCCGACGACGCCCAAGCAGAAACCGACCGCCAGUGUUCCAGCCUGUCACGAAGUGCAGGGUUAUAUGCCUGGUCGUCUCGAAUUCGAGACGGAAUUUAUGAACGAUGCGGAAGAGGCGGUGCAACACAUGACUUUUGAGCCAGGCGCCGGGGAAACGGCAAAUGGUGAAACGGACGCAGAAAUGGAGUUGAAGAUGACGGUGGUUGAUAUCUACAACUCACGUCUGACGGCGCGGACGGAGCGCAAAAAGAUACUGUUUGAGCACAAUCUCCUCGAAUAUAGGAAGAACACGGCACUGGAAAAGAAGCGCACCAAGGAGGAAAGGGAUUUGCUGAACAAGGCAAAGCCAUUUGCCCGAAUGAUGAACCACGACGACUUUGAAGAGUUCAAUAAGGGCUUAGAGUACGAGCACAAUUUACGGCUAGCUAUUGCGCAACUACAGGAAUGGCGGCAGAUGGGUAUCGGGGACCUUAAGGGUGGAGAAAAAUACGAGCAAGAGAAACAGCAACGCGCCCAGAGGCUCAUGCCACAAGGGUCCUUUGACCGGUUCGCCGGCACACGGCCAAAGCAGGCGCCGCAGCCUGAGGGCCCCACGGCGGCCAGUCAGCUAACCACACCGGAGCUCCCUCUGCGGUUACAAAAGGCUUCUGGCGUGAACAAGGCACCAGAACCGGCCAACCUGCCAAUGAACGACUUCGAUCGAGCCUUUGCUAGCAACGGAGAUGGGCUUACCACUCCACAGUCAGCCAAGACGAAGUUCGUCGUCCAACCACUUAACGGAGUGAUCCCAUGGAAGCUCGAGAACGACGGCGCACCAGACCUACAUCUACUCACCAAGGAAGAGGUGGAAGUGUGCAACGUGCUGCAUAUCCAACCGAAGCCAUAUCUUGUGGUUAAGGAGACACUACUCAAGGAAGCGAUGAAGCAAGGAGGCAGCUUGAAAAAGAAGGACGCGCGGACCAUCUGCAAGAGAGAAAAAAUGGCCUUUAAGACCCCACCCCCAACCCCUCAGUAUACCAAACUAACCUUCCCAACUCCCCACAUCCUCCUUGCGACCCUCUCCCGCCCACGAGACCUAAACUGCAUAAACACAACCGGCCACCAAGAACUCCACGCAAUCUGGGAAUGGAUGGACUCAGAGCCAAGUGUGCGGGUGGGGGUCCUAACCGGGGAAGGAAGGGCAUUCUGCGCAGGAGCAGAUCUAAAAGAGUGGAAUUCGCAAGUGAACAACACCUCGACAAAGAGACAGGACCAGCUAACCACGGGAUUCGGGGGUCUUUCGCGCCGGAGUGGCAAGAAGCCGGUGAUUUGCGCGGUGAAUGGGAUUUGUCUGGGAGGGGGAUGUGAGAUGAUUGUCAAUGCGGACUUAGUUAUUGCAUGUGAGAAGGCCUUUUUCGGAUUCCCGGAGGUGCAGCGCGGCGUGGUUGCGAUUGCAGGGGCGUUGCCGCGGGUGGUGCGGACGAUUGGGCGGCAGCGGGCGAUGGAGAUGGUCUUGACGGGGCGGCGGGUGUUGGCGGCGGAGGCGGAGAAGUGGGGGUUGGUCAACGAGGUCGUGGCCACCCCAGAAGGUGCGGUGUCGCGCGCCCUGGAGAUCGCGGGUCAGAUCGCUUCCAAUAGUCCCGAUGCGGUGAUCGUGAGUCGGGAGGGUGUCAAGUUGGGAUGGGAGGGUGUGGGUGCAGAGGAGGGAAGCCGGUUGUUAAUUGACGGAUGGCAGAAGAGGUUAAACGAGGGGGACAAUAUCAAGGAGGGUUUGAAGGCCUUUGUGGAGAAGAGGCAGCCGAAUUGGGUGGACAGUAAGUUGUAAAGUGGGCUACAGAUGUCAACUACAAAGGACAAGAGGCUCCAUCUCAUAAUCAUUAAUCUCAUUAGACUCUUAUGCUCAGCACUAAGUCAAUACAAAUCAUCAUGUAUGCUAAUCCGUGAUAUCCGUUGAAUGCUUCCAUCCGCGCCGUCCAUAUGUUCGCCGUAUCCCAUGCGGUUCAUGCCCGUCCAGCGGGCAGAACGGUGUGGUAUCAUAUCAAAUAUUCCUCGGGCGAUCCAUGUCGGUGAUGGACUCAGAACCCUUCGUUUUCAGGUGAUAAAGGAGCGUUGUAUGUAGAGCGAAACGCUUAGGUGUCACAUCGCUUAUUUGGUAUCGUGCUGAACCGUGGA